UCAACGCCUUCGAUCCGGGACUCAAACCAUGAGCCCGAUGAGGCCGAGUACGCGGCAGCAGCCUGUGCGGCUGUUGAAAGCGUUGUCUCUGCACUCGUCGGGCACCGUCCUCCCGAUCCCUUGAGACGGGUUGAUCCCAGUCUUGAGGGAACUGGCACUGAUCGACUCUUCUCUUUGUCACUUGCCCCGCGUCUUAUUGAGCCAACAGUAUCUGCUUGCCGUACUCUUCCAGCCAGUGGUAUUCGUAGAUCUUUCCUUCACAUUGACGGCCUCCAGGCAGAUAUUGGUCGAGACGAAGAAGAUGGAGAAGAAGAGGAUGGUGAAGAAGACGAGGAUGAUGAGGAAGAGGAAGAAGAAGGAGCUACACUCAGAGGUGGAAAUUUUCAUGUUGAUCACUCCUCUCUGUCCACUAAUGGUCUCUUAAAGUCAGUUGGGGAAUCCGAUCUUGGCUCUCCUAGCAUCCCUGGUCGUUCUUUAUCCGGUGCACUCAUAGCACAUUCCCAAAGUCAGCAACAGCAGCAACAGUUGCAAUCGGCUGUUGCUACAACAGCUUGUCUAAUGGCACCGAAUGAACAUUUUCCCUGCUCUGUUUGUGGUAAGCCGUUUCAAGCCAAGGCAUUGCUACUCAAACACAGGAUAGUGCACGAUGAGCCAAAGCACAUUUGCAACACUUGUGGCCGGUGCUUUGUUCGCGAGGACAAAUUGAAGCGACAUGUGAUGUCGAUACACACUCUGGAGAAGCCGCACGUUUGCACCAUCUGUACAAAAGCCUUCUCUCGAAAAUUCAAUUGA